CCUACCGAUGCAAAUCCAAUGCCAAAAGCAGCAUUCAAUUCCCCUCUAAACUACACUACCUCUCUCUCUCUCUCUUCCUUCUCUCUCUCACGCACACACCAAAAACCAGCCACAUAGCAAGGAAAAUCUAGGAAACAUAGCCAUUACUGCCUCUAUUUGGAGAUUCCAGCUUCUGGGUUCCUCAAUUGGUAAGCAAUUUCUCCCGUAGUUUAUGUGUUUCAGUUGUUCUGGGAGGCUCCAAGAGAUCAAAUAUAUAUAUAUAUAUAUUUGGUGUGUUUGAUUGUUGGAUGUGUUUGUUGGGGGAAGAAGAAAAGUGGAGGUGACUCAUAUUUCAAGAGGCUGAGGUGGGUUGCCUCAGAUCCAUGAAACCCAAGAUUUAUGUGAUGGGAAAAACAAAGAAAACAAAGCAGGUCCGUCUUUUUAGGGCACCCUUAUGAAUCUUGGGACCAGGUUACCUUUUCCUAGGUUCUUUCUCAUGACCUUAUUAAGAUGUGGAUAAGGUUUUGGAGUUGGUUGUUUCAUAUGUUCAAGAGUAUUUAAGGGUUGGUAGUUCUAGGAAGAAUGAAUCUGAGAAUUGCUAGACCUUGAGAGAAAUUCAAUUCUGUUCGUCUACUUAUGGAAAGCUGGAUCCCUUCUUGUCCACCAGAUCUGAUUUACAUAUUCAAAAUUUUCCUAUCUUAAGCUUACUCCAGUUAUCAGUUCGCUCUCCCAGUCCAUGGUUUACUUUUCUUCUCUUGCCACAUCCCCCCCCCCCCCCCCCCCCCCCAAAGAAACAGAACUUUAAUGGAUCUUUAGUUUAUUCGACCUAUGAUCUUCUCUAGUUUGUAUUUUCGUUCCUCGCCCUAAAAGUUGUGGGUCACUGAUUUUUGUCCCAAAUUCAUUGCUUGAAGGGCAUGUACGAAUGGGCCAGUUGUAGCUAUGAAUUUAGGGAUGUUUUUGGGAGCUGCUUAACUUGUUAGCAAUAUACACACAGCGGGUUUGAUGGAAGAGAUGUCUCCUGCAGUUGCAGUUACACUAAGUUUGAGCAACCAAAUAUGUGAUAACUCCGGUAUUGCUAGUCAUGUUGAAAUUACGCGGCUCAAGCUGGUGACUGAGACAGCAAGCUUGUUAUCAGAUCCUGGAUCGGCACAGUCUACAGAGUCUCUUUUUAGUUGGGGCGGAACUUGCUGUAGUCUAGAAAGCCGUGUUGAUGAUGGAACCAUGGCAGCACGAGAGGAAGAAAUUGGAGAAAAAUCUGAUUUACCGGAGAAUGUAGCCAAAAGUGAAGGCGGUUGGAUUGCUGGAGGUGGCAUCAUUCAGGAAAGUGAGGAAGAUGCAAUUUUGACUGGUGGAGAGGAUCCAAGUGGAAUUGUUUGUGAGGAAUUGGUAACUGUGGAUGCUAGUUCUGCAAUAAGUUUGCCAAUAGCUGUGGAAAUUGAGGAAACUGAAAAAGGUCAAAUUGUCAGUAAGGUUAUAAGUUUGGGGGAACCAAGUAGUCAGCAGUCUACCAUUGAUCUCUUAACUGUAGCAGCAAGUGGCCGUGAAAUUGCAAAGGUCCGAAUUGGCAAAGGAGGCAAGAGCGUGUUUGAAUUAGAUUAUGUUCCUCUUUGGGGUUCUGUAUCUAUUCGUGGACAAAGACCAGAGAUGGAAGAUACGGUUGUAGUUGUUCCUCAGUUUAUGAAGGUUCCCAUCAAAAUGUUUGUUGCUGAUAACGUGAUUAAUGGACUGAGCCAGAGUUUGGGUCAUAUGACCACACAUUUUUUUGGAGUAUAUGAUGGUCAUGGGGGCUCCCAGGUUGCAAACUAUUGUCGUGAUCGUGUUCAUCUUGCAUUGUCCGAGACAUUAAAGGAUAUUGAAACCAGUUUAGUUGAAGAAAGUAUGAGGGAUGCUCAGCAGGUUGAGUGGCAGAAAGCCUUUACCCAUUGCUUUCAUAAGGUUGAUGAUGAAAUUGGAGGAGAAGCUAGCAGAGAUACUGCCACAGACAAUCAAGAUGCCUCUGAUGAUUCCUUUGAACCUGUUGCCCCAGAAACUGUUGGGUCUACUGCUGUAGUGGCAUUAAUCAGUUCAUCCCAUAUUAUAGUGGCAAACUGCGGUGACUCUAGAGCAGUCCUCUAUCGUGGCAAAGAACCCAUGGCAUUAUCAACUGAUCAUAAGCCAAACAGGGAGGAUGAAUAUGCAAGGAUUGAAGCAUCCGGAGGCAAAGUGAUACAGUGGAACGGACACCGUGUUUUUGGUGUUCUGGCAAUGUCAAGGUCCAUUGGCGAUAGGUACUUAAAACCAUGGAUCAUACCCGAACCAGAAGUUACAUUCACUCCCCGGGCAAGAGAAGAUGAGUGCCUCAUUUUGGCGAGUGACGGGUUGUGGGAUGUCAUGACAAAUGCUGAAGCCUGUGAUGUGGCUAGAAGGCGGAUUCUGCUGUGGCACAAGAAGAAUGGCGACACACCUCUUGCGCCAAGAGGCCUAGGAACCGACCCUGCAGCGCAGGCAGCAGCUGACUACCUUAUGACACUCGCGCUGCAGAAGGGAAGCAAAGACAACAUCUCAGUUACCGUCGUAGACCUGAAAGUUCAAAGGAAGUUCAAGAGCAAGUCAUGAUGUGGGUUCUCCUGUAGUCUCGAUUGAAGACUGGACCGAAUUGUAUUCAGUCUUGAACCGGACUGGAUCAAAAUUUAAACAACCCUAAUUAGCUUGGUCCAUUCAUUUUUCAAGAGGGCCUAACAUGUAUGAUGAUAGCCAAUAUAUGUUUUUCUGGUUUGGACUUUAACCUUGAUGUUUCCUUAGUAAUGGCUCUGUAUAUAUCAGCUCCUAUGAAGCUGCUGGGAUUCAGGAAAAGUGGCCAAAAGAAUAAAAUUAGGUACUAAAUAUUUGAUGCAAGCUUACUUUAUACAAGGAAGGAGUACCCAAAA